AUGUCUGGAUAUCCCGCCCUUCUCCUGCGAGCGGAGCAAAAGCCCCUCGAGCACCGAUCCUUCUCUCCCGCCGUCAUCAAGUCUCUAAUUGAUGCCGGAUACCCCGUCACCGUCGAGCGCUCCUCCACCGAUCCCAACUUCAAGCGGAUAUUCGAGGACUCAGAAUACGAAGCUGCGGGAGCCAAGCUUGUCGAAUCUGGCGUGUGGCCAAAUGCCCCUCAGGGAACCAUCGUCCUUGGCCUCAAGGAGCUUCCCGAAGAAAACUUCCCUCUCAAGAACGACUUCAUCCACUUCGCCCAUUGCUACAAGGGACAAAAGGGCCAUCAAGAGGUUCUCAGCCGAUUCCCACGAGGCGGCUCUGUACUUUAUGAUCUGGAAUUUCUAGUCGACGAAGUAGGAAGACGUGUUUCAGCAUUUGGUUAUCACGCUGGUUUCACCGGCGCUGCUCUUGGUGUCAAGACUUGGGCCUGGCAACUCGCUCACCCCGGCGAGAAGCUUCCCUCAGUCGCCACAUUCACCGACGGCAGAGGCUACUACAUGAACGAGGACGAGCUCGUCGAGCAGAUUCGCAAGGAUCUUGCAGAAGGCGAGAAGAAGCUGGGACGUAAGCCUACUGCCUUCGUCUUGGGUGCCCUCGGUCGAUGCGGUACCGGUGCCUGCGACCUGUUCCUCAAGGCUGGUCUUCCUGAGGAGAACCUCACUCGCUGGGAUCUCGCCGAGACCAAGGACCGUAACGGUCCUUACAAGGAAAUCGCUGAGCACGACAUCUUCCUCAACGCCAUCUACCUCUCCAAGCCCAUCCCUCCCUUCGUCAACAACGACCUUCUGUCACAAGCCGGCCGCAACCUCAGCGUUGUCAUCGACGUCUCAUGCGAUACCACCAACCCUCACAACCCCAUCCCCAUCUACGACAUCAACACCACCUUUGACGAUCCCACCGUCCCCGUCAAGAUUGAGAACGACCAGAACUCAACGCCUCUCUCCGUCAUCAGCAUCGACCACCUUCCCUCCAUGCUUCCUCGCGAGGCCAGCGAGUCAUUCAGCGAGGGCCUCAAGGAGUCAUUGCUCCAGCUCAAGGACCGAAGCACAGCCAGAGUUUGGGCUGAUGCCGAGAAGCUGUUUAACGAAAAGGUGGCACUGCUCCCUGAGGCGCUGCGCACCAAGGAGGUUUAA